AAGUGUGCUCGGGUGGAUUGGGGAAACACACGUGCAGCUGCAGCAAUGAAGUUCGCUUAUCGGUUCUCAAAUUUGCUGGGUACCGUAUAUCGCCGAGGAAACUUAAAUUUCACGUGCGAUGGAAAUUCAGUCAUCAGCCCUGUGGGAAACAGAGUCACUGUGUUUGACCUUAAAAACAAUAAGUCAGACACCCUGCCCCUGGCCACACGCUAUAACAUCAGCUGUGUGGGGCUUUCUCCAGACGGCCGCCUGGCCAUCCUCGUGGAUGAAGGCGGCAACGCCCUGCUGGUCAGCCUGGUCUGCAGAACUGCGCUCCACCACUUCCACUUCAAAGGCUCCGUGCACAGCGUGUCCUUCUCCCCGGAUGGCAGGAAGUUCGUCGUCACUAAGGGCAACCUUGCCCAGAUGUACCACGCCCCUGGGAAGAAGCGGGAAUUCAACGCGUUUGUCCUGGACAAGACGUACUUCGGGCCUUAUGACGAGACCACGUGCAUUGACUGGACAGACGACUCCAGGUGCUUUGCAGUCGGGAGCAAGGACAUGUCCACCUGGGUGUUCGGGGCCGAGCGCUGGGACAACCUCAUCUACUACGCGCUGGGGGGACACAAGGACGCCAUCGUGGCCUGCUUCUUCGAGUCCUCCAGCCUGGACCUGUACACACUGAGCCAGGACGGAGCCCUGUGCAUGUGGCAGUGUGACACGCCCCCGGAGGGCCUGCGGCUGAUGGCCCCCCGAGGCUGGAGGGCAGACCUGCUGCAGCGGGAUGAGGAGGAGGAGGAGGAUGGGGAGAAAGAGACCACAGUGCAAGGGACGGCCACCCCGUCAGAAGAAGAGCGGAAAGGAAAAGUGAAGUACACACGGCUGGCCAAGUACUUUCUCAACAAAGAAGGGGAUUUUAACAACCUCACGGCCGCAGCCUAUCACAAGAAGACCCACCUCUUGGUCACUGGCUUUGCCUCGGGAACCUUCCAUCUGCACGAACUCCCCGAGUUUAACCUCAUCCACUCCCUGAGCAUUUCCGACCAGAGGGUCUCAUCUGUUGCCAUCAACAGCUCUGGGGACUGGGUCGCCUUCGGAUGCUCAGGCCUGGGCCAGCUGCUGGUGUGGGAGUGGCAGAGUGAGUCUUACGUGCUCAAGCAGCAGGGCCACUUCAACAGCAUGGUGACGCUGGCCUACUCUCCCGAUGGGCAGUAUGUUGCCACCGGCGGGGACGACGGCAAGGUGAAGGUGUGGAACACGCUCAGUGGCUUCUGCUUCAUCACCUUCACGGAGCACUCGAGCGGGGUCACUGACGUGACCUUCACAGCCACCGGCUACGUCAUUGUCACCUCGUCCAUGGAUGGGACUGUGCGCGCCUUCGACCUUCACAGGUACCGCAACUUCCGCACCUUCACGUCCCCUCGCCCCACGCAGUUCUCCUGCGUGGCUGUGGACUCCAGCGGGGAGAUCGUGGCCGCCGGCGCCCAGGACUCCUUCGAGGUCUUCAUCUGGUCCAUGCAGACCGGCAGGCUCCUGGACGUUCUGUCGGGCCACGAGGGGCCCAUCAGCGGUCUGAGCUUCAACCCAGCCAAGUCCGUGCUGGCCAGCGCCUCCUGGGACAAGACGGUCCGCCUGUGGGACAUGUUUGACAGCUGGCGGACCAAGGAGACCCUGACUCUGAGCUCUGACGCACUGGCCGUGGCUUUCCGCCCUGAUGGCGCGGAGCUGGCUGUGGCCACACUGAACUCGCAGAUCGUCUUCUGGGACCCCGAGAGCGCGGUGCAGACGGGCUCCGUCGAAGGCCGGCACGACCUCCGAUCGGGCAGGAAGGAGCUGGACAAGAUCACUGCCAAGCACUCGGCUAAGGGCAAGUCCUUCACCACCCUGUGCUACUCCGCGGACGGCCAGAGCAUCCUGGCAGGAGGCCUGUCCAAGUUCGUCUGCAUCUAUCACGUCCGAGAGCAGAUCCUCGUGAAGAAGUUUGAGAUCUCCUGCAACCUCUCUCUGGACGCCAUGGAGGAGUUCUUGAACCGGAGGAAGAUGACGGAGUUUGGUAACCUGGCACUGAUUGAUCAGGAUGCUGGGGAGGAGGAUGGGGUUGCCAUCCCCUUGCCAGGUGUAAAGAAAGGUGACAUGAGCUCUCGGCACUUUAAACCGGAGAUCCGAGUGACCUCACUCCGCUUCUCCCCCACAGGGCGCUGCUGGGCGGCCACCACCACCGAGGGGCUGCUCAUCUACUCCCUGGAUGCCCGCAUGGUCUUCGACCCCUUCGAGCUGGACACCAGCGUCACGCCCAGCCGGAUCCGCGCGGCCCUGCGCCAGAAGGACUUCACCAGGGCCAUCCUGAUGGCCUUCCGGCUCAACGAGCGGGCCCUGGUGCAGGAGGCGCUGGAGGCGGUGCCCUCGGGCGAGGUGGAAGUUGUCAGCUCCUCUCUUCCGGAGGCAUAUGUGGAGAAGGUCCUGGAGUUUCUUGCCACCUCCUUCGAAGUGUCUCGCCACAUCGAGUUCUACCUGCUGUGGACACAGCACUUGCUCAUGCAGCACGGUCAGAAGCUGAAGUCCCGGGCGGGGACGCUGUUGCCGGCUGUCCAGUUCUUGCAGAAGAGCAUCCAGCGGCACCUCAGUGACCUCUCCAAGCUCUGUGACUGGAACCGCUACAACCUGCGCUACGCCUUGGCCGUGUCCAAGCAGAGGGGCGUGAAGCGAGCCCUGGAGGCACAGGGCGGCGAGGAGGGAGCCACCGCCUCCGAGGACGAUGACGACAGCCUGCACCUGCUUGCGGGGACCAGGGAGGAAGAAGAGGAGAUGCUGUAGGGGCUCUGGGCCCGCAGCACCAGGCCCCCAGACCCAACGGUGUGGGCUGCCGUGCCCCUUGGAGACCCCCUGGGGAUGAGAGAACCAGCUCUCCUCCCAAGGAGCCAGCACACAAACUGCUGGGAUGGGGGGGGUGGCCCCUCCGGGCCCCUGGCAGCACCUGGACCCAGAGGAUGAGCUUUGCGUGAACAUGAAAGGCUGCUGUUGGAGCAGCACCUUCUCAGAAGCCCGUGGGAGCCUGUUCAUGGAGAGACUGCAUAUGAGAGCUAUUUAUGUUUUUUUAGAUAGGGCUUUGAAGAUAAAGACAUUGGGGGUUUUUAGACAUAAAGGUGGGUUAAGUCUAAGCUGAAUGAAACACGUCUGAGUGUCACAGGUGUGAGGAGUUGCAGGGCAGUCAGCACCUGACACCCCCCCCCACACACACCUGAGCCUGGUGGUACAGGUGACUGGAAUGGAGGAGCAUAGCAUCCGUGAACCCUCUCCCUAGCCAUGAGGGUCCCCUCGAUAGGGCCCCGCCUGGAGCAUACAUGAACACAGCCCAAGUGACAUGGAGGGUAACUUGGGCCCCGAGAACACAGGGAAGGAGGGGGAACUCCUGGGAGAGGCCUGCCAGAGGGUCCCUCCCUGUGGUACACUCUGGAGGGACUCCGAGUGGCUCAGACCAGCAUGCCCAUCCCUCGUGCUGAUGCCUGCAGCUGGGGACUUGGCAGGUAUGGGCGGUGCCUGCCCAGCCCGCUGCUCCCAUCGCUACCUUUUACUGAUGAGCAAGGACCCCCUGGCAUUGGGCCAUGACCUGUGCAUGAAGCCCCAUGCCUGGGCAGCUUGCGGCUUUUUGCACUGGGCCUGCUGAGAGACUUCAGUGUCGCUUUUGCAGUGGGUCCACAGGAGGUGUUGGAACCCAGACUCCCAGGGGAGUAGCUGGAAGUCCUGGGAGGUCCAAAGCACCCACUUUGCCAGGAGGAGCCGGCGAGGGCGCCGACCCAGGUUCCAGAAAUGGAAUUUGAGGCCUUUCCAGUUGCCUAGGCUCCCACCACCACAGACCCUUGUCACUAUUCUGAGCGAAGCCAGGGACCCCUGGGAGGCAGGCCAGCAGGGCUUCCGUGAAGCCGCUGUCUGCCCACAUCCAGGGAUGAGAAGGGGCCAGGACCGCACGCAUCCCUCCCUGCUUGAAGCCCGAUUGGCUGGCUGCUGGUGGGGUCGGGGAGCCCGUGCGCAAGAACAUUUGGAGUGAGUUGCUGAGCAUCUCUGGACCUCCCUGGACCCCACAUUCCCUCACCGAGCUACCCUGACACUGCAUCCCCACUUCCUCUUAAAAAUUGAACGGUUCUGUUGAUUCUCA